UUAACACUCAAUAUACAUACAAAUUUUAAAAACUAGACAAAUUGUAAAGUUUCAAAAUUGAAUUCUCAGCAGAAGUGCACCUAAAAUUGACCAAACGCCAAUUAUAACCCAGCCCUGGCAAAAAAGAAAAAGAAAAAAAAAACAGAUGUUUUGAAGUGACCAUCUGUGAGAGAACGAAGUUGCCAUCUCUUUUUACUCGACGAACGCGAAUGCGUCAAAUUAUUACAUUUAUAAAUUAAAGCAAAGUGCAAGAUGUUGGCCAAGCGAAUGCAACUAUGGAAAGCGACUCAAGCGGCGCUGACGAUGAACUCCACAGCCAACAAGGGUGCCACACAGAUGUUUCCAACAGGCGGCAGCAGUCGAGACAUGCACUUGAGCAGCAGCUGGAGCAAUCAGCUGACCACCCGUGUCAUGCUAGCGCCUCCGUCACCAUUGAUCCCACUCUAUUCGUCGGCGGCAGCCGGCGGACUGCGAUAUGCCAGCUCCAAGACAGACGUGCCGCCCAAUAUGGAAUCCGCCAAGGAGCUGGUGGAUCUGCCUGCUAUCCCAGAUGCGCCUAUACCACCAGCCAUUCAAAAUAUUUCCACGGACCCGGAAAGUCUUAUGGAAACUAUUGACAUGGCUGGCGAACCAACAUUUGCCUCCAUUGGCCUGGGCGGCUGGUCGCCAGUUGGCAUGGUACAAAACUGUAUGGAGUUUCUGCACUGCACGUGGGAUAUUCCUUGGUGGGGCACCAUUGCAAUCGGUACGAUUGUCGUACGUACCCUAAUCUUUCCACUGGUCAUUCUCGCGCAACGCAACUCCGCCAAGAUGAGCAACAACAUGCCACAGAUGCAGGUGCUGCAGCUGAAGAUGACGGAGGCGCGUCAAUCGGGCAAUGCCAUUGAAUCGGCGCGGUAUGCUCAGGAAAUGAUGCUGUUUAUGAAAGAAAAGGGCGUUAAUCCUCUAAAGAAUAUGAUUGUCCCGUUGGCACAAGCACCGCUCUUCCUAUCCUUCUUCAUGGGCCUACGUCAGAUGGCCAACACUCCCGUGGAGUCCAUGCGUGACGGUGGCCUCUUCUGGUUCACGGAUCUGACACUGGCGGAUCCAUUCUACCUGUUACCCGUAAUUACCAGCGCCACGUUGUAUCUGACCAUUGAGCUGGGCACGGACAGCGCACGCCUGUCGGCUGCCAACAUGAACACCAUGAAGUAUGUUCUGCGCGCCCUGCCGAUUGUCAUCUUUCCCUUCACCAUGAACUUUCCCGCUGCCAUUCUGACGUACUGGGCUUGCAGUAACUUUAUCUCGCUGGGCCAGGUGGCAGUGUUGCGGAUUCCCGCUGUGCGGGAUUACUUUAAAAUUGAAAAAAUGGUCACCCAUCCGCCCAGUGCACUGCCAGCCAAGAAGAAGGGCUUUGUGGGCGGCAUGAAGGAAUCUUGGGACAACAUGAAGAUCACAAAGGAGAUCGAGGAGCGACAGCAAUUGGAUGAAAUUCGCUUUGCCAAGGCCGGCAAAGGACCCUUGGUGAAGACGUACAAAUACGAUCCCACCAAGCCUCCAGUCCAAGGAGCGGCAUCGCCUACAGGAAGCCUAAAGCCACCCUCCAAGGAGCAGUAGUCAUCGUGUGCUGUCCGUCUUGGCCGAUGAGCGUUUGUUGUUAAUGUUAGAACCGUACCCUUUAGUUUCUCGAUCCCAUAAGUU